UCUCUCUCUCUCUCUCUCUCUCUCUCUCUCGAGUCUUAUCUGGCUGAGUAGAGGUGAAGCUUGUUCUGCUGCUGAGUUGAGCAGUGUGUGUGCAAGAGAUGGACAUCCCAGUUCUACUCAUUUUUCUAUUGACCACUGUCACUCUCGUCACAUCUGACAGUGUGAGGUUGGUAGAUGGUGACAGUCGCUGUGCUGGGAGAGUGGAGGUUCUUCAUAGAGGACAGUGGGGAACAGUGUGUGAUGAUUACUGGGAUAUGAGAGAUGCUGCAGUGGUGUGUAGAGAGCUGGGCUGUGGGGAAGCCAUAGAUGCACCACGGAGAGCUCGAUUUGGAUCAGGAUCAGGACCGAUCUGGGUGGAAUAUGCUAACUGUGCUGGAUCAGAGUCUUCACUGAAGAACUGUAGGUCUUAUGAUUGGGGUAGACAGAGAUGUAAUCAUGAUGAAGACGCUGGUGCUGUUUGUGCAGAAGUCAGACUGGUGGGUAGAUCUCACUGUUCUGGGAGAGUGGAGGUUCUUCAUGGAGAGAGCUGGGUCACAGUGUGUGAUGCUGACUUUAACCAGCAGGGUGCAGAGUUUGUGUGUCGAGAUCUGGGCUGUGGUUCUCUUGUGGAGGUUCUGGGAGCAGCUGCUUUUGGUAGAGUGGAGGGUCAGGUGUGGUCAGAGGAGCUUCAGUGUAGAGGAAACGAAUCUCAGAUUCACUUCUGUCCAAAAUCAUCUUCACUCAAACACAACUGCUCCCAUGAUAAUGAUGUGGGACUGGCAUGUUCUGAAAGUGUGAGGUUGGUGGAUGGUGGAAGUCGCUGUGCUGGGAGAGUGGAGGUUCUUCAUAAAGGACAGUGGGGAACAGUGUGUGAUGAUAACUGGGAUAUGAGAGAUGCUGCAGUGGUGUGUAGAGAGCUGGGCUGUGGAGAGGCUGUAGGUGCACUUAGUGGUGCUUAUUUUGGAUCAAGAUCAGGACCAAUCUGGAUGGAUAAUGUGGAGUGUAGAGAAUCAGAAUCCAUACUAAAGAACUGUAAAUCAGCAGGAUGGGGUAAACAUAACUGUAAUCAUCCUAAAGAUGCUGGAGUCAUCUGUUCAAGAGUCAGGCUGGUUGGAGGUUCUCACUGCUCUGGGAGAGUGGAGGUUCUUCAUGGAGAGAGCUGGGUCACAGUGUGUGAUGCUGACUUUAACCAGCAGGAUGCAGAGGUUGUGUGUCGAGAUCUGGGCUGUGGUUCUCUUGUGGAGGUUCUGGGAGCAGCUGCUUUUGGUAGAGUGGAGGGUCCGGUGUGGUCAGAGGAGCUUCAGUGUAGAGGAAACGAAUCUCAGAUUCACUUCUGUCCAAAAUCAUCUUCAUUCAAACACAACUGCUCCCAUGAUAAUGAUGUGGGACUGGCAUGUUCUGGUGACAAGCGAAGACUUGUUGGUGGUCCUAACGCAUGCUCUGGGAGAGUAGAGAAGCUUCAUCGGAAUUCUUGGCUUCCAGUGUGUGAUGCUGACUUUAACCAGCAGGAUGCAGAGGUUGUGUGCAGCUGGGAGCUGGGCUGUGGUUCCUGUGGAGGUUCUGCUUUUGGUAGAGCAGAGGGUCAGAUGUGGUCAGAGGAGCUUCAGUGUAGAGGAAACGAAUCUCAUAUGUACCUCUGCCAGACAUCUCCUUCCUUGAAACCCAACUGCUCUCACAACAAGGAUGUGGGACUAAGAUGCUCUGGUCACGCUCAGGCUCGGCUGAUGAACGGCUCAGAUUCCUGUUCUGGUCGAGUGGAGCUCCGGUACCUCAGUGAGUGGGGUACAGUGUGUGAUGUAAGCUGGGAUAUGAGAGCUGCCAGUGUCCUCUGUGCUCAGCUGAAGUGUGGGAGUGCUGUGGCUGUGUUGGGGUCAGACUGGUUUGGGGAGGGGAGUGGCCGGAUCUGGGCUGAUGUGUUUGAUUGUCAGGGGAACGAAACACACCUGUUAAAAUGUCCCAUUUCAUCAUGGAGUCGAACUGCAUGCUCUCAUAAACCGGAUGCUGGAGUUAUCUGUAGUGGUUCUUCUCUGGCGUCUCAUGAGGGAGGAGUGCGGUUGUCUGGAGGGAUGGAGUGUGAGGGGGAGGUGGAGGUGUUCUUCAGGCAGGACUGGAGGAGAGUUCUGCUGGACUCCUGGAGUGAGUCUGAGGCCUCUGUGGUCUGCAGACAGCCGGGCUGUGGUUCUGUACUCAACAUCUCCAGCUCCUCUUCAUCCAGUCCUGAACACAGCUACAUGUGUGUGACGGGUUUCAACUGCUCUGGGAGUGAAGCUCAUCUGAGGAACUGCAGCAGCUCACAAGCAGAUAACUGCAGCUCCACAGUACAGCUCUACAUCACCUGCUCUGGUACAUCUAACACAGUCCACAGCUCCAUCAGGCUGGUUGGUUCUGGGGGAGACUGUGCAGGAAGGCUGGAGGUUUUCCACAGUGGAUCAUGGGGGACAGUGAGUGAUGAAUUGUGGGAUAUUGAGGAUGCGCAGGUGGUCUGCAGGCAGCUGCAGUGUGGAGUGGCCCUCAGUGCUCCAGUACCAGUACCAGCCCGGUUUGGAUCUGGAACUGGACCCAUAUGGCUGAAUGAGGUGGAGUGUGAGGGGAACGAGGCGUCUCUGUGGAACUGCAGAUAUCAGCUGUGUGGAGAGGAUGAAUGUGGACACAAGGAUGAUGUAGGAGUCGUGUGCUCAGAGUAUAAAGAGAUCAGACUGACUGAGGGCUGUGAGGGGAAUCUGGAGGUGUUCUAUAAUGGAACCUGGGGGAAUGUGUGUGUAAAUGGGAUGACUGAUGAAACGGCAAAAUUGAUCUGUCGAGAGCUGAACUGUGGAAGAACUGGCAGUGAGUCUUGGUCUAAAGCAAGAGUGGAAUCAGCUCCUAACUGGCUGGAUAAUGUAAAAUGUAGGAAACAUGACUCCACUCUGUGGCACUGUCCAUCUUCUUCCUGGGGGGAGAACAGGUGUGAUAAUCGCAAUGAGGUUGCUUGCAUUACCAGCUCAGAGAAUGGAAAUACACUAGAUUUGACAAAUUGGCUGUGUGAUUCAUCUCCUCAUGAGAGACCGUGCUCAAAGCACAUUCCUCUGAGGCUGAGGGGAGGAGUAGGAAGCUGUUCUGGAUGGCUGCAGGUGUAUCAUAAUAAAACAUGGGGGUCUGUAUGUGGUGAUCUCUGGGACAUCAGGGAUGCUCAGGUGAUCUGCAGGCAGCUGGGUUGUGGGCCGGCGCUGAGUGCUAAUAGAAGAGCUGCUGAUGGUUCUGGUGGAGGAACUAUCUGGAUGAACAGAGUGAAGUGUAGAGGGAAUGAGAUUCACCUGUGGGACUGUCCUCAUUCCCUGAAGAACCACACUGACUGCUCCCACAGUGCUGGAGUCACUUGUGGAGGCUUCCUGUAUCAUACUUUCCCUUUAAAUAAUAAAAGAGGACAGAUGGGACAUUUUGUCUUGCAAGAUUCUCAACCACAGACAAUAAGAAUCAUAAACUCCUCCACCAGCUGUUCCCUCCAUCUAUCCAGUGUCUCUCCUGGUUCUGGGAUCUGUGCUCUUCCUGGCCUUAGUGCUUCUGGUUGUGCUGUUUUAUCAGAACAGAGUGCUCAGGAGAGUGAUCUCUAAGAGGAGGAAGACUUCAGCUGAGCCUGUCUAUGAGGAGAUUGACACCAGGCUCAUCCCUAAAAGAAUUACUGUCUCAACUGAAAGUAAAGCAGAUAAUGAGGAAAUGCAGUUAAGUUAUG